AUGGGGUCUCUCAAUGGGAAUAUCUACCUGAUUGCCGCUGUGGCGGUGAUAGGAGGUGGCUUGUUCGGUUUCGACAUCUCGUCCAUGUCUGCUAUUAUCGGCACUCAAAACUAUCUUUGCUAUUUCGAUCAAGCUGGGCCAGGUGAAACUGAAUGCAAGGGCCCGAGGGCAGAUGUUCAAGGCGGUAUCACGGCCUCCAUGGCUGGCGGUUCAUGGCUUGGAGCACUUGUAUCCGGCUUCUUGUCUGAUAUCCUUGGUCGCAAGAAGUCCAUUAUGGUUGGCGCAGUUAUUUGGGUCAUCGGUUCUAUAAUCACCUGUGCCUCACAGAAUAUCGCCAUGUUGAUUGUUGGCCGUAUCAUCAACGGUUUUAGUGUCGGUAUCUGCUCCGCCCAAGUCCCAGUCUACAUUGCAGAACUGGCGCCUCCCUCUAAACGUGGCCGGCUAAUUGGUGCGCAACAAUGGGCUAUUACUUGGGGAAUUAUGAUUAUGUUCUAUAUCUCCUAUGGAUGCAGCAAAGUUGAUGGCCCAGCUGGUUUCCGGAUUGCGUGGGGCCUGCAAAUGAUUCCAGCUAUCCUACUCUUCUUUGGCCUUAUUCCUCUGCCUGAAUCACCGCGCUGGCUUGCUCGCAAAGACCGUUGGGAUGAUUGCCUUGCGGUGUUGACCCUGGUGCACGGCAAAGGCGAUCCACACUCCCCUUUUGUACAACGCGAAUUCGAAGAGAUCAAGGAGAUGUGCGAAUUCGAACGACGAAAUGCUGAUGUCACCUACCUUGAGCUGCUUAAACCCAACAUGAUCAACCGCACUCAUGUUGGUGUUUUCACACAGAUUUGGAGUCAGUUGACUGGCAUGAAUGUUAUGAUGUAUUAUAUCACAUAUGUUUUCGGAAUGGCUGGUCUCACAGGAGACACCCUGAUGGUUUCGAGUAGUAUCCAAUACGUCAUCAACGUCGUGAUGACAAUUCCCGCUCUCCUGUGGGUUGACCGCUGGGGUCGCCGUCCCACCCUCUUAGUCGGAGCCCUCUUCAUGAUGAUUUGGCUUUUUACCAACGCUGGACUUCUUGCAUCUUAUGGACAUCCUGCGCCAGAAGACAGAGCCAUCGAAGCAGAAUCCUGGUUAAUCAGUGGACCUCCCAGCAAAGCUGUCAUCGCGUGCUCCUAUCUGUUUGUCGCGUCUUUCGCUCCAACCUGGGGACCUGUUUCCUGGAUUUAUCCACCAGAGCUGUUCCCUCUACGCGUCCGUGGAAAGGCCGUUGCUCUUACCACCUCCUCCAACUGGGCUUUUAAUUUUGCCCUCGGCUAUUUCGUUCCCCCCGCGUUUGUCAAUAUCCAAUGGAGGACCUAUAUUCUCUUCGCCGUUUUCUGUGCAGCUAUGUUCGUCCACGUCUUUUUCAUGUUUCCCGAGACGGCUGGUAAGACGCUUGAGGAAGUUGAAUCGAUCUUCACCGACCCCAAUGGCAUCAAGUACAUCGGAACUCCCGCCUGGAAAACACGGGUUGACUUCCACCGUGCAGCACUGCUUGAACAGACCGGUGUCAGAGAUGAGGAGAAGCUUGCAACAAACUAUCAUGAGGAAACAGCCAAAUAA